CGCGACAUCACUCCGGUAACGUUAUUUUUCUACACCAAGCUAAAGCUACAAACUCGCUUCGCCAAGGCUGAUCACAAGAAUGAUUCGUGUGCACGACUUCCGCGAGGAGUCGUCGACAGGGGCUGCACAAGUUGAGUACAAGGUUGUCCUUAAGAGAGGGAGUUUCUCUUGGGCAGUCCGCAGACGGUAUGUCGAUUUUCAGGAGGCCUGGCAGCAGUUGGAGGAUCCGAUAGCGAAAAUACAGAGAGGUGAGCCACUAACACAGAUGGAUGAGAAAAGAAAUGCGACAGGAGGGCUUACGAGCAAAAUUUCCGCCCGGCGCAGUACUGUUGCAAGCUCUUUGCGAGGACGACUUCCAGGGAAAGCUUUAUUGCUGUCGGCGCCAAAGCAGCAGUGCUUGUCCGACGUACAAGACAACGCGAUUGAAGAGAGUGCUUCUGGUGCGUUGAAAGAGAGGAAAUCCAGCAAAAAUUCCAGUGUUGCGGACGACGAUGAC